AUGGAUUCCAGGCAGCUAUUCUUAUCGAAGAAGGACAGUUCCAAUGGGAGACAAUCUCAGUCUAGGCCAAAAAAUGUCUUGUCGCUGGUGAAACGAAUUUUCAGCUGGGGGACUCAUCCUGAUGGUUCUCGUAUGUCUGAUAAUAGCGCCCAAGAUUCACAGCAGACUCGUGGUAAUGAAUCAUAUAUCUCUGCACGUACCCCUAUGAACGAAGCGAAGGUGGGUGAUGCUAAACAAACACCUAGUCAGGUGUUGAGCAAGUUUUUCAGUGAAAAAGGAGAUAAGCCUUUAACGGAUAUAGAGUAUGAAGGCGUGCAAUCGUUAUUGGCGAAAGCAAGAGACAAUGAUACAUUUCUCGGUGAUUCCUCUGUGCUCGAAGGAAAGAACAAAAGAAGGCGUGGUCUGGCUCAGGCUCCAGAUGUCACGAACCGGUCGUUAUUGGCUAAUUUGACAGGUAACGGAUCCUUUUUCUACUCUACUCCUCAAAAGCAAACGUUACUGCGUAAUCCCAAUGCAUCACAAAUCAUAACCCCGGAUUACAGGCCUACGUAUCAUAGCGUUAACCCGCGCAGCAUACGGUCAGUCAAACGAGUGUAUCAUUUUUCAGGUGUUCCGUCACCUUAUCGUACAAGAAUAACCGCGCCCAUGCGUUCAGCGAAAGCAAAACAGGUGCUACAAGACGAGAAGUUGCACCCUCCUGCCGCUCUUCCCUCAACGACAUUUGACUUCACUUCAAAACCAAUGAGCGCAACUGCAGGUACUUUAUUGUCUAUCAUAGAUGGCUCGGAGACCAAGGACCAAGUUGCAUCUAAAGAGGAUAAUAAAGCUGGAAAGUUUUCUAACCCCUACUCUUCCGCGGGUUCUAUCAAAGCCAAAAAGUCCGAACCUACUCAAACAACCCUGACGAAAUCCAAAUUUCCACCAAUAAGCGCAAAGGAUAUUGUCAAUACCACAUCGUUCGAUAAAUCCGAACCAAUCGAGAACACACCUUCUGGUGAAAAGACACAACCUGAAAAGACACAACCUAAUCUCUCAUUUGCUAAAACUAAGGUUACUGAAAAGUCUGCGCCGCUUCCAUCUACCAUUCGUACAGAUAGUGGGCAGGCAAGCUCUCUUACAGAAACAGCACCCGCUUUCGGUCAAUUUGGAGGAAGUGUGAAGGCCAAUUCUAGCUCCUUUAAGUCGAGUGCUGCCGACUCUUCAGUUGGUCAUAUUGACAUGAACAGUCAGGCAUUGGCACCUCAGCCUCAGGCCAAACCCUUUAGCGCCGAAUCUAAGGCAAAAUAUGACUACACGUUCCCUGGUGUUGAUUUGAAGGUUGCUGACCUUGACUCUGCGAAAGUAGAGAGCUUUAAAUCUGGCUUCAUCUUCUAA